AUCCAUCUCUGUGUGUCUUUUGGGUGUCGUAAAACAUGAAUGACAAUGUUGGAUCCCCAUUUUCUUACGACUUGGGAGAAGAACUGUUCCCUCUCCCUUCACUUUCCUGCAUAGAUAUUCCUGUUCCUCAGUUUCCCUCCAUCUCUCCCUUGGACAACAAUAAAAGUGGUACUCAAAAGCCCAAAAAUGGCCGCCGGAAAAACCCACCGGCCAACAGUUCCGAUGAUAUUGGCGAUAUGAACCCCAACGAACACAAAAAGAAGAAGAUUAUGCACAGAGAUGUGGAGCGGCAGAGAAGGCAAGAUAUGGCUUCUCUUUACGCCACUCUUCGCUCACUUCUCCCUCAUGAAUAUCUCAAGGGAAAACGGUCAAUAUGUGACCAUAUGCUGGAAGCGGUGAAGUACAUUCGACAUAUGCAGAGCAGGAUUCAAGAUUUGUCUAAUAAAAGAGAUGAGCUGAAAAGGGUGUCUGACAAAAAUCCAGUGGCUACCAUGGUGGAGACCCUUGAUUCCUCUAAAAGGGAGUCGGUGUUGGUGAGGGCCAGAAACGAAUCGGGAGGAGUUCAAGUUGUUUUAAACACUGCCACCCAACACAACCUCCCUGUUUCCAACAUUCUUCGAGAUUUAGCCACCGAAGGGCUCGAAAUCCUUAGCUACAUUUCCACCAAAGUAAAUGACAGCUUCAUUCACACCAUCGAAUGCCAAACUCUUGUUGAUUCCAACCAUACUCCAAGUAUCGACGUGUCUGAAUUGCAACAUAAGUUAAUGAAUUUGGAAUAUUUUCUUUCCAAUUAG